AGAUAUACAAAAUGGGCAAAAUGAAUUAAGUGAAAAUACAAGUUCUCAAAAUUCAGAUAUUCUGACUGCUUCAAUAAAAAUUAAAAAGACAAGCUUUGCUCGAGAUCACAAAUUCUAAUUAAAUUAAGGAAGAAAAAUAGAAACUAAAAUCUAAAAAACAAAUUAUAUUCUUUCCUUCUCUCCACCUCUUACCAGAUGUGCUCAGUGAGUGUCAAUUCCUUUCUCGAUGUACCGGUUCAUCUCUCCCCGAUAACGGAUGUCCAUCCCAAGUUCCAUAGUAUCCCUACUCCUCGGCGACUAGUCUUGACUGGAACCAGGAAUUGUGAGCUAAGAAUAAGGGCUGUAUCGGCCACAGGAGAAAUUCUCCCGAAUGCCAUUCGGCGGAAGAGGGACCCACUAUGGAGAGGAGGGUUCAGUCUCGGGGUGGACUUGGGAUUGUCUCGCACCGGCCUUGCCCUUAGCAAAGGCUUCUCUGUCCGCCCUCUCACGGUUUUAAAAUUAAGAGGACAGAAGCUUGAGUUGCGGCUUCUUGAGAUUGCACAAAAGGAGGAGGUUGACGAAUUUAUUGUUGGGCUUCCUAAAUCCUUCGAUGGAAAAGAGACUCCUCAAUCCAACAAUGUUCGUAGUGUUGCUGGAAGACUUGCAGUUCGAGCUGCGGAGAGGGGCUGCAGAGUAUACCUUCAGGAUGAACAUGGGACAUCAGCAGAUGCCACAAACCUGAUGAUUGACAUGGGCCUCAGCAAGUCUGCCCGGCAAACUAAAACGGAUGCCUAUGCUGCUGUGAUAUUACUAGAGAGAUACUUUUCCAUGUCAGGCCAGGGAACUGAGAUUGUACUGCCCAAGAAUAUGGAUUUGCAAGAAAAACUUAGAAAGGGUGCAUUGAAGGACAUGGAUUUUUUCCCAGAAGAUUUUGAGUAGUGACAACAAAAUACUCGAACAAUAUUCUUUUCUUCAUUCACACAUAAGUAGGGAGGUUCCAAGAAUGUAGGAGUAGUACCAGGCUAUGGUCUUUUUCUCUUAUGCAUAAGCUCAUUGGAAUUCAUCAAUCCUGGUGAAAUGGCAGUUCAGCAAAGCAAAAGGGAGAAAAUAUGCAAAUCUGGAUGCAUUGAAGGUGUUUUGCAGGCUGCAAUGCUCGUAUGGAAGUAUUUAUGUUCUAAUAUUAUGAUGGUAAAACUUUGAUUUUUCUAUCUACAAGGCUUUCUUCUGGAGAUAUGAGAAAAAAGCUUUUAUUUAUCAUAUUGGUCCUGGCGAAAUAUAAUG